GGAGAGUCCCGUCGAUAUGGCCGAAAAAAGGAGAGAGGCCAAGAGAGAUAACCGGACUCUGGUCGAGUUGGGAAAGUGUUGCAAUUUCGUAGGGGAAAAAGUGCAAACGAGCCCGUGCGUUGGAAAGUUCGCGGAGUGCUUUUGUGAGCGCGUUUCCCCGGUCUGUAUUAUCCUCUUGGAGUGCUCGCCAUGACGUUGAUCUGAAAUCGUAGGACAACACAUUGAUCCCGAUGUUGGUCUCAGGACUGUGCCAAUGUAGUUUUCGCGCUUUUCAUCAGGAGAGAUUCCGGGGAGGCAACUCGUGGAUACCGAAGAAAGCUUCAAACCUGUUUGAAGCUUUCGAGGUCGUAUUCAUGGAACUAUGAACCUGGACUCGUUGUCUUUUACUUUGUCACAAAUCAGUUAUUUGGUUGACAAUUUGUCCAAGAAAAAUUUUCGAGAAAGCGCCCAGGAGAUAUCUCUUUUGGUGCAGUGGAAAGGUCUGGAGGCAGACAGACACUUGCUGCGUUGCUUGUUCUCGUACGUCGACUUCUCGGUAGGAGAACCGUUGGAACCAAGUUCAAAAGACUAUUAUCAAGUGCAACUGUUGAAGCAAGAGUGCACCAAUCUACUGUGCAAGCCAUCUCUCGUCUCCAAUCUUUGCUACGCUAUAGAUCAUCCGCUGCGACGACAAAAGACUUUACAUCCGUCCCCAAAGUUUUUUCUCCAAUUACGUAAAGUACUUGGUUUAACUCUGGUGCAGGAGGUUGCCUUUGCGAUCUGUCUGCAGCACUCUGAAAACUUGGAGAUCAGAACCUUGGCACUCGAGCAUAUUCAGAAACAAUUACCUGAAUUGAUAAAAAACUACGUUAAUUCAGAGAUUGGUAACAAACACCACGAAGAAGGACUGCACGAUUCGUCUCCAGAGGUCCUCCACCUGAUCCUUUCACAGGUGUUUCCAGAGCCUAAUCGAUUUGGACUUGCUGCCGAAGCAAAAGAAAAAUUUCUCAAGAACUUGCGAAGAGAUUUUCCCCGUGAACUGGUACCAGUGGUGCUAGCACCACUUUUGUAUCCAGGUGACGGGGAAACACCACAGACCACUAUUGAAUUAAAUAUGGCUGCAAAUCAAAUGGUACGAUGUUUCGUGCGCAAAAAUCGGAACGUACACAGUUUUUACUCGUUGACAUUUUUACAUUUGGUAUUUCAGGAGGGAAAUUCUUUGGUGGAGUUAAUUAUGGAGUUGGGAUAUGGAUUCACAAGUAGCGUCGAAGAGUGUCGAUCGGCCCUGGCGGGUUUGGGUGCCAGGGAAAUAUCUCCGGCCUGCGUCGCUCGAGUUGUGUCGCACAUGGCUCGCACUUGCAGCGGACUGGACGAUGCCGGAGGUUUACAGUCCUUCUGGGGAAGCUCCGCUGGUCAGGAUUCUAACAAAGAAAAGUCAUCGGAUGGUAGUACACCUACCACAUGGAACGUCGAAGUCUUCAUACAGAUGCUUAAAGAAACGCAUUCGACGCUCUCUUGGAACGAAGUGAUCGUUAAGCUCGAUCACUCCGAUUUUAUCAUCAAGGACAGGCAAGGCUUGAAUCUCUUGAUAACGGGUCUCAGGCUCGGUCUUCAACAUCAAGGCUAUCCUCCGGAUAUGUUUCCCGUGGAGUUGUUUUAUCGGCAUUGGGACAACGUCGAGGGCCAGUUUUCUCUGGUGCAGCAGAUCUUGAAAAGCCCCGAUAUAUUCUGUUUUGCCGACUACCCUUACCACUCGGUAACCGUCGACGUCUUGAAAGCGGCACCCGAGGGAGAUAGCAAAGAAGCUCAGACCUGGAGAUCUCUGAACGUCAUCGAAUUGCUCCUGCACAUGGCCGAGCGGGGACUAUACGGCCCUGUGCAAGAGAUAUUCAAGUGGCCAGUUCUUCACUGCCCCGACGUCCUGGUUCUGGCUUUGCUACAAAUCAAUCCACCUAUAACGAUGUUCCGGCAAGAGUUGCUCACGGCUCUGAUGCCCAUUUUUAUGGGGAACCAUCCCAAUUCCGCGGUUAUUCUUCAUCAUGCCUGGCACAAUAAUUAUACCAAAAUGAAAUCCAUCAUCAUGCACACAAUGGCCGAGUAUUAUCGACGGGGCGAUCACGAUCAGACCAGAUUGUCGCGAAUUCUGGACGUCGCCCAGGACCUGAAAGCUCUCUCCACGCUACUCAACGCUCAAUCCUUUCCCUUUGUCAUUGACCUAGCCUGCUUGGCAUCUCGGCGGGAAUACUUGAAAUUGGAGAAAUGGCUUACCGACAAGAUCAGAGACCACGGGGAAGUCUUCGUCGCCGCGUGUGUGAAAUUCUUGCAGCGAAGAUGUCCCCAAGUCAUGGGCCCGGGCAUGAAGGAAGAUCCUAACACCCCUAAAGCUAGCCAACUGCCUCAGGAAACGCUUACGACGAUACUCGCCUGCCUGCAAGUUUGCGCUGGGAGCGUGUCGCAAGAGUGUUCGGAAGCGAUAAUGACCAUGGUACAAAAUUGUAGUCUGAUGUUAAGCAAGGCCAGCAUGAGUAGACCUCCUCCACCGGGAGUCCUGAGACACCGAGGGUUGGAACCGUUCAAUCCGGCAACGCUGGGGGGUCAGCUCUUCUCGUCGAAGCAAGUGGAUCCCCUGGCGAAUCUCAGCUCGAGCUUGGCCUCGAUGGCCCUGGGCUCCAGCCUGGGUCCACCGAGCAGUUCGGCCUUUAAUCUGCCCGGAGCCCUGGGGCCCCUGGUCUCGGCGCCGGGCUCUCCGUCGCGACUGAUGGGUCCCUCGCCCAGUCCCUUCCCGAUGCUGCCCCUGUCUUCUCAGCUGCACUCCGGUCCGGUAGGGACGCAGGGUCCGUCCAUAGUGCCCGGAGGCACCACGAUCAGUGGCCUGGGUCGCCUCGGCCCGCCGACUGGAAUCGAAAAGGCACGGCCCCCGGAGACGUCCAACCUGUUCCCUGACAUGGCGCAGAACGUGUCGAAGGAGAUCGAGGACGAAGCCAACAGCUACUUCCAGCGGAUAUACAAUCACCCGCCUCAUCCGACUCUUUCCAUCGACGAGGUGCUCGACAUGCUCAAGAAGUUCCAGGACUCAAGCAGCAAAAGGGAAAGAGAAGUCUUUAACUGUAUGUUGCGGAACCUCUUCGAGGAGUACCGCUUCUUUCCCCAGUAUCCCGAUAAGGAGCUGCACAUCACUGCCCAGCUCUUCGGGGGGAUCAUCGAGAGAGGGCUCGUCAAUAGCUGCAUGACCCUCGGCCUGGCGCUGAGAUUUGUCCUCGACGCUCUGAAGAAACCCGAAGGUAGCAAGAUGUACUACUUCGGCAUAGCCGCGCUGGAUCGCUUCAAGAGCCGGUUGAAGGAAUACCAGAAUUAUUGCGAGCACGUUAGGGCGGCCAUUCAGCACUUCAGCGAGUUCCCGCCGCAUCUGAUCGAGUACGUCGAAUACGGUCUGCAGGGACAAGAGCCUCCCACCAGGCCCCAAGGACCAGUGCUUCCGAAGACCUUGGCCGCGAUCCUGGCUCCCGUUACGACACCCUAUAAAACUAUUACGACGACCACGAUAACCACCAGCACGACCCAGUCCAAACCCUCGACGACGCCCACCACGUCGCUCUCGGCUCGACCGUCGAUAGCGAACGCGACGAAUAUCGACACUCUGCUGGUAGCAACGGACAAGGAAGAAAAAAUCACGAGCCCUCCGGAAGCUCUACAGGAUAAGACUGCGUUUAUUUUCAAUAAUCUCAGUCAGCUGAACUUGCAACAGAAGUGCGACGAGAUUCGGGAGAUCGUAACGGAAGAAUAUUGGCCGUGGAUGGCGCAGUACUUGGUCAUGAAACGAGCCAGUAUCGAGCUAAACUUUCACGCCCUGUAUUCCAAUUUCCUGGACUGCUUGAAGCUCGCCGAAGUUAACAAAAUGGUCACUAGGGAAACCUUUAGGAACAUUAAGGUAUUGUUAAGAAGCGACAAAGGCAUAGCAAAUUUUUCGGACCGAUCGCUGCUGAAAAAUCUUGGCCACUGGUUGGGAAUGCUCACUUUAGGAAGAAACAAACCAAUUCUGCAGCAGGUUGAUAUAGACCUAAAAAGUCUACUCGUCGAGGCGUAUCACAAAGGGCAGCAGGAACUUUUAUACGUGGUGCCUUUCGUGGCUAAGGUUUUGGAGAGUUGUGCAAAGAGUCGGGUCUUUCGACCACCGAAUCCCUGGACGAUGGCCAUCAUGAAUGUCUUGGCGGAGCUACAUCAAGAACCGGAUUUGAAAUUGAACUUGAAAUUCGAGAUCGAAGUUUUGUGCAAGAACCUCAGCAUCGAUGUAUCCGAAUUAAAGCCGGCGAUCUAUUUGAAAGAUCCCGAAAAACUGCGCAAUUUGGAAUACCAGUUAUCACAUCCCAACAAGAAAGUCGAGCCGCCAGGUAAUCCUCCGCAAAGCCAAGGUCCGAUUAAAGAAUUAGUAGGUCCAGCUACAACUGCGACGAUGGUGCCUCAGCCAGCACCUCCGGUUAAUACGACGCCUUCGUUGCCCACGGAGACCCCGGAGCCUCGGUUCAAUUAUAUGGAUAUAUCCGUUACGGGCAUUGCCAACAUCUCUCAGCAUAUCACAAUCAAUAAUCAACUGCCUUUAUUCCAAACUCAUCCACACCUGAAGCAAUUCGUUCGCCCAGCGGUUGAAAGGGCUAUUCAAGAAUGGAUUCACCCAGUGGUCGAUCGAUCCAUUAAAAUAGCUUUGACCACUAGCGAGCAAAUCGUCAGGAAGGACUUUGCCCUGGAUCCCGAAGAGGCACGAAUGAGAACGGCGGCUCGGCACAUGGUCCGAAAUCUGACCGCCGGGAUGGCCAUGAUUACCUGCCGCGAUCAGAUACUCGCCUCGAUCGGCACGAACUUGAAGCAAGCCUUCAUCACCGCCAUGAUGGCGACGACGCCCCAACAGAAGGAAAGCGCCGAACAAGCCGCGAACGUCGUAGCUGCCGACAACAUGGAGUUGGCGUGCGCGUUCGUGCAGAAAACUGCGAUCGAAAAAGCCAUACCCGAAAUGGACAAGCGUCUGCUGAACGAGAUGGAACUGCGUAAAAUCGCUCGACAGGAGGGUAGGAGGUACUGCGAUCCGUUGGCGAAAUAUCAGGCCGAGCGUAUGCCCGAACAGAUCCGCCUAAAGGUCGGUGGCAUCACCCUCCAGCAGAUGGCCGUUUACGAAGAAUUCGCCAGGAAUAUUCCCGGGUUCUUGCCCCUCUCCGAACGGGACACUCAGGCCCUCUUCAUGCCCAAACCUAUUACGGAGCCAUCCGUGACGGCCUUCGCGAGCAAUCCCGUAGUCGCGGUGGCGACCGCCCAGCAGGUCGCGGCGUACGCGGCCGCGGUCAGCAACGACGAGGUCGGCGCGAUGCUGGAAAAGCUGGCCACGGAGGUGGAAGUAUUGCUCGCAGCGAUGGGUCCUGCCGCGCCUCCUCCUCAACACGCGGCUCUUCACAGUCUCCUGGAAGCCAUCAUCCUCACGAGACGCUCCAGAGGGGCCGGUGCAGCCAUGGCGCUACUGAAAAAAGCCGUGGAAGGACUGCUAGACAGCCCGGCCAUCUCGAGCGGCGUGGUGGACUCGGAGAUCACGAUGCGCUACCGGGAGCUGCAUCUACGUAUCCUCGCGUGUUUGCAAGACCCUAGAGCCUACGGAAUGCAGUGGACGAAUAAGCACGUGACUCGUUGCCUGACGGAAUGCAGGGAUGAAUUUCGAUACAACUUUGAAGCCGUCGAUUGUCUCGUCAGGUCGCACCUAUUGAGUCUUCCUCAGUACGACCUGGCCUUGGCCCAGGCGAUGGAUGCGGGGAACGCGAUGGCGACCGCCUUCGCGAUGCAGCUGGUGCAGCUGUACCUGAUCGACGAGAGACAGACCACGCACGUCUCGGAGUCGGACCUUUGCCACACGAUCGACAUUCUCACGAGGAUGACCCAGCUGCGAGCCCCUCCGGAAGGCAUCUCCCUGUUUAGGCUGACCAGUCUGAUGGAGUCCCUCCGCGUGAACCAAGACCCGAAUCUGCUGGUCGACAGAGCACCUGCCGGGCCCACUUCGCACAUUCACACUGGAAUCCACCAGGUGAGAGCUCGCGAUUUCGACGACCCUCCGGGCCUGACGGAAAAGACGGAAUACCUGCUUCGAGAAUGGGUCUCCAUGCAUCACAACCCCGCCAACGCCAGAGACCCGACCAAGGCCUUCGGAAUGUUCGUCCACCAGAUGAAUAUCCACGGAAUCUUGAAAACGGACGACCUCAUCACGAGGUUCUUCAAGCUGAGCACGCAGAUGUGCGUGGACCUAUGCUAUCGGGCGCUCGCGGAGACGAACACGGCGCCCUCGGUGGUGCGAGCCAAGUGCUUCCACACCCUGGACGCGUUUGUGCGACUGGUGGCCCUCCUCGUCAAGCACUCGGGGGACACGAACAAUACGCACACCAAGAUCAACCUGCUGAACAAGGUGCUGGGAAUUGUUGCCGGCGUCUUGCUUCAGGACCACGAGAUGCGCGGAACCGACUUCCAACAGCUGCCCUACCACCGGAUCUUCAUCAUGCUCUUCCUGGAGCUGUGCGCCCCGGAGCCGGUCCUCGAGGCCGUUAACUAUCAGGUUCUGACGGCGUACUGCCACACCCUGCACAUCCUGAGACCCGCCAAGGCUCCGGGAUUCUGCUACGCCUGGCUCGAGCUGGUCUCUCACCGAGUCUUCAUAGGACGAAUGCUGGCCAUCACGCCGCAACAGAAGUGCUGGGGAAUGUACUCUCAACUGCUCAACGACCUCUUCAAGUAUCUGGCUCCGUACCUUCGCAACGCCGAGCUGGCCAAACCCGUUACCUUGCUGUACAAGGGCACCCUCAGGGUCCUUCUGGUGCUGCUCCACGACUUCCCGGAGUUUCUUUGCGACUACCACUACGGGUUCUGCGAUGCGAUCCCGCCCAAUUGCAUCCAGAUGCGGAACCUGAUUCUCAGCGCCUUCCCUAGGAACAUGAGGCUGCCCGACCCCUUCACUCCCAAUCUGAAGGUCGACAUGCUGCAGGAGAUUGCGCACCCACCAAGAGUUAUCACGAAUUACUCGUCCACGAUUCAACCGCUGAGCUUCAAGAAGGAGCUGGAUUCUUAUUUGAAGGCCCGAGCGCCGGUUACGUUCCUGUCGGAGCUGCGCAGCAACCUGCAGGUCUCUCAGGAAGCCGGGAUGAGAUACAACAUACCUCUGAUGAAUGCCUUGGUCCUCUACGUCGGCUCUCAGGCCAUUAUCUUCAUCAGGAGCAAGGGUCACACCCCCAACAUGUCGACGAUCACGCACUCGGCGCACAUGGACAUCUUCCAGAAUCUGGCCGUUGACCUCGACACCGAGGGCAGAUACCUCUUCUUGAACGCGAUCGCGAACCAGCUCAGAUACCCUAACAGUCACACUCACUACUUCAGCUGCACCCUCCUCUACCUCUUCGCCGAGGCCAAUACCGAGGCCAUACAGGAGCAGAUCACGCGGGUCCUUUUGGAGAGACUCAUCGUUAACCGACCUCAUCCUUGGGGUCUGCUCAUCACCUUCAUCGAACUCAUCAAGAACCCCACCUACAAGUUUUGGACGCACGAGUUCGUACACUGCGCACCCGAGAUCGAAAAAUUGUUCGAGUCGGUGGCGCGAUCGUGCAUGGUCCAAAAGCAAGUGCAGCCCGCUCCGGAAUCGGAGAUCCCCGAGUGAUAAGACGUUCUCCCAGGUUCCCGUAUGUCGAGCACCUUGUGUACAGUGACGAGAAGAUACCGUAAAGAUAAGGAGCGCGUGUAAAAAGUCGUUGAACUACGUGUAGGUGUACCAUAUGCAUCUCGAGCCGUAGACGCUCGUUCGUUUUUUUUUUCUCCCCUUUCUUUUUCCGGCGAGCAAAUACGAGGUAAUCGUCGAGGGAAUGCCGUAUCCCGGAGAGGUGGGACUAGCGAUAAGCGAUGGAGUUUCAAAUGUUAAAUAUUUUAAUAAUCAAUUCAUCGCCGAGAAGCAACUCUUCGGUGAUAGAAAUUGUAAAAAGGAAUAUAUAUAUACAUAUAUAUAUUUACGGACGGACACGUACAUGAUGUUCUGUAAACGACUUUACGGAGAAGCAUCGGACGGGCUUUGAGUCGAACCGAAUGCCGCGUGGAAGCGAACCGUCGGACGGUCUUUACUUCCCUUAACGGUUUGCCUCCACGAGAGCUCCGGCUCCGUCGUCGCCGAGAAGGGCGAAAACGGUGUUCACCGGAGUACCGGAAAUGAAUCAUCUUUAAUUUCUAUUAGCGAUUAACGCGUAUCGAGGAUAAACGGCACAAGUCAAGCACCAGAUACGGUCAUUCGUCGCCGCUCGAGGGAUAGCCCGAUCUCGCCGGCUGGAGAGCUGUGAUUCGUAGUGUUUUCUCAAAAAUUAGUUUUACUCUCCAGAGGCGUCGGCCCGAGAGCGAACCUCCGUACGAACGUGUUGUACAUACAUAUUAUCUAACGUAUAUGCGUCGGUACUCUCUGGAAUACGGGGAAACGCGGAGAAACGGGGAAAGGGCGCCUUCGCGAGUCUCGAGUUGCAUCGAGUUAAGAAAUCAGGGACGACGGUGACACUUUGUGGAAUCAUUUAUUCGACGUAUUUGUUGGAUGCAACAGGUGGGGGUGUGCUUCGGGACUCCGAGAUCUUGAGUGCCGCCCUCCGCGUCCGAGGACCUUGGACGGUCGGGUUCUUGGCCCGUGUAAGCGGUACUCGACGGUAUUAUCUUGUGUAAAGAAAAGAACGUUCAAUUACAAUUUCGUAGUAUCUUAAUCUUGCAGUACUUUCCUGUCUACCUCGACAUGGGGAACGGCUCUUUAUCCUGUAAAAUGGAAAUUGUGUAAAAGAGAACUCGUUUGUA